AUGUGUACAUCUGAUGGCCCAAGUGAAACAAAGAAGAAACCAAAUCAAACAAAUAAUGUUUGUCAAGUGUGUGGAGAUGGUGCAUCAAUAAUUAAUUAUGGAGCUUUAUCUUGUUUAUCAUGUCGAACAUUUUUUCGUCGAAAUGGUUUUCCUAAUAAACAAGCUCUUGGAUGUCGUUAUGAUGGUGAUUGUGAAGUUAAUAUGUUAACAAGAAAAGUUUGCAAAGCGUGUCGUCUUGCAAAAUGUCUUUCUGUUGGCAUGAAUCCAGAUUUAAUUCGUAAAGAAGAUUUAACUAGGGAAAAACGGAAAUUGAGCAAAUCAAAAAGUCAAGAACUUCCUGUGAUGACUAUAUCACAACAAUCUGCAUUAGAUGGACCAACUGAUGGAAAUUUAUAUCUUAAGGCUUCAGAUUGGACUAUAAUAUCGAAUAUUGUACAUGCUUUUGAUGCAUUUAGUCCUGUAUCUGAAGUUCGUCGUAUGAUCGAAAAUUUCAAUACAUUAUCAUCAUCAUCAACAUCAAAUGUACAAUAUGAUGUAUCUCAAUCACUUUAUUUAAUGUCAUCAUUUUAUAAUUCAUUACAAUCAUUUAUAUGUUCAACACCUGAUUUUCAAAUACUUACAUUGGAUGAACAACGUUCAUUAUUUCAACGUAAUAUGCUUGGUUUAUUAUGUGUUGGUGGAAUGUAUUUAAUGCGUGAAUCAGGAAUAUUUGAUAAACCAGAAAAUGAAUUAGUAAUUUUACCAUUAUAUGGUACAGAAGUAACUCAACAAGCUAAACGGAUUUGUCAACAACUUAAUUUUGAUCCAAUACUUUUAAAAGUUUUGUUUGUUGCUCUUGCUUUUUCUUCCAAUUGUUAUAUGAUACAUAAUCGUGGAAAUAUUUCUAAAGAUAGUUUAUUAUUAGGUACAUUUCGUUUAUUAGGAAGUCAAAAUGUUUAUGUUGAACUUGUAUGGAAAUAUUUAAUGCAUACAUAUGGUUAUGAUGGUUCAGUACUAACAUUUUCCAAACUUAUCAAACGACUUCUUGAUACACUAAAAUUUUCAAUUGAUAUGUAUAAAAAUAAUAGAUUUCAUCAAACUUUUAUUGAUGGUAUAAUACAACAAAAUGAAACAUCUUCAAUUGUUGGUGAAAAAGCCAUUGUACCAUUAUGGGGCAAAAAAUCAUAA